CCUUUCAUCCAGCAUGGUAACAUCCAUAUAGACACAAUCAACAAUGAGUGCCUAUAACACACCUGUGAAGAAGGGUAUGAGGCGUAAUUCUUCAUUCGCAACUUCAUCUCCGGCAAAAACGCAAUUUCGUUCAAAAUUCUCAGUGUCCUAUGAGGCAUUAUUGUCAGGUGAACAUCCUUGGCUUGGCACAUCUGGUUCACAGUCAUCCUCGUUGAAUGCUACACCAGGAUCAAGCUAUUCCAAUCAAGGUGGAAGCUACUUUUCACCUUCUGGCAAGAAACCUUCAGCGCCGCGAACACGAUUCUUUGCUGAUUUGUUGUGUCUAAAAGUCGAGCCUUCCACGCUUGAAAGUCUUUUUAGCACAAUCACAUCCAGACAACUAACUGACGAUGACGAAACAGGAAAAGGUGCAAGGAUACGCGAUAACGUUGGAAGCUUGUGGAGAGAAUGUUUGAGGAUAUGGCAAGACGUUCCUCAUCAUAGCGAUUUCUCUACAAGCUCUGCAAACUCUAGUGAGGAAGUAAGAAGAUCGAAUGCUGUCGAUACACUGAUCGAAUUAUCUAGAUGUAUCCUCUCAAAGAAUUUCGUGCAUUCAUCUUCUUCGCUGGAUCUGAUUUGGAUUUUUGCAGGAGGCAUUGAUGAGGCCGACGAUGUCUUUGAAGAUUUAGUCAGUGCGAUUGACGAAGGAUUACGAGGAGAAUUGGAUAAUUUGAAUCAUCAGCCGAGACGCCCAGGUAGAAUCCCAUCAUCGAAUGAUCUGGACAACGACGCCACACCUCAGAGAAAUGCUGCAGCUUUCAACAAGCCAAAGGAGUUGCCCACGCUUGCCGAAUUACUUUUCCAUCGAAGGAAAGCUGUACAUCUAGCGAUCAUUUGGAUCAGCUAUACGUUCAUGACAAACCUUUCGGCAUACUUUAUUCGGAGAGACUUGUUUGUCAGCGCUUCAAGCCUUUUGAACACUAUACAAACCAUCGUUCGAACCACUCAGCAAUCUCGCACGGAUGGUGCUGGAUUAGCAGACGAAGACGCUGAAUUGCUGCGAAGCACUGUGCGGGAUACAAACUUUCUCAUUGGUUUGCUGGCUGGCCUAGGGCAGUCCAGCUCUUCUGGAACGGGAUUGGCAGGAGGAUUCAGGGCAAUGGAAGCAUCUUCAAGUCCAUACUUUAGGAGAAUGUGCGAUUGGGUUGAUGCUGGAUCGAUGAAUUUGAUACGAGAAGCGAGUGCAUACGAUCUGGAGCAAGCUUGGCGUGCGUUCUUGGUAGAAGUAGAAAGCAGUCAAGAUUCAUCUAGUCCUACGAAAAAUGGAGCUGGUGCAGCAAGCGGAAUAAGUGCAUCUAUCGGUAUGGUCACAGAAAGUUUCAGAAAGAUUGGCUUUUCGGGUGAAUCAUCAACAGUUGAUCCGAAUCUGCCGCCUGCUUGCACGAGCUGUUUGUUGCCGAUCUAUCUACUGUGCCGGGCUAAUACAGUGUUCGUCGAGAUUGUUAUGAGAGAGCAUGUGAAAGGACAAGAUAGUCUGCAAGGCAAAGAUGAUUUACAGAAGCCAUCCUUUGCUUCUGCAUUGAUCUCUUUGAUGAGCUAUCUUUCAACGCAUGGGGCACUCAGUGAACGAUCAAAAUCUUACUCAAGACUGGCUCUCUUGAUCCCGCUUACUCUGUUGGCCAGCCCGGCAGGAGUCGCAGCACUCAUCACAGCUGAGAGGCCUGACGAUAUUGCAGCUAUCAAACUAUGCACGCAACGAUCAGGUCCUCUUCCCGUUCGUGCUAUGGCUUCGACCGAUCAAGGAAGCUCACUUGGUUCUUUCUUUUCGCAAUUUACAGCCCAACAAAAGGAUGGGCAAAGAGGAGCAGGUAAUCGAAAGCAAUUGUUACCUUUUGUGCUGGAUACGUGUGUCCAGUACAUUCGUCAUAAUUUACGUAAGAGGUUGGACAUGCCUGGCUAUUUGAUCUGUUUGCAUCUCGUUCAAACGAGUAUACAAACAUGCGCUGAUCGGAAGGUGCAGCUGGAGUACGGCGAAUGGCCUGACGUUUGGGCAACGAUCAAUAGCACGAUCGCUUUUCUGGUUGGUCGACAUGCAGAGUUACAGGGCGUAGAAGUGAGUAAGCUAGGACAAGCACUCUUGUCUACCCUUGGCUUAGCAUUGCUUGAAUCGGAUAGAUUUCUGCAAUCACGUCAUGAUGUCAACAUUCUGGUAUAUGAGAUGGUACGAUCGGCCGAAAGUUUGAGGAAAUUGGCAAAUAUCAGCGCACGAAGUGGCAAUACGAACGGAAGUUCUCAUGUUGAUCAACGAACAUUGUCGUCUGCUAUACCUAUGUGGCCUUUGAUCGAGUCUACACUGGCAAGAUUUGAUGAAAAGUUGAUCGAGUGGGCUGAAAAGAAAGGUGGCAGUGGUGGCUUUGGCCUCUCAUUUUCCGUCUCUUCUUAUCUACCUACUCGUUUCGCUGGCUCUGGCUCUAGUACUCCAAAUGAAAAGACAGCAGACGAAACCAGCAACGAGCGAGGAUCACGACCAUCCUCAUCAGCCGGUCAAGCGAGCAAAAGUGCGCCAAAAAGGCUACCCGAUAUUCAAACCGUAUUAAGUUUGAUCUCAUCGCUGGAUAUGGAACAAAUCAUUCAUGUGUAUAAUAUUGAAUUAGAAGGAGGAGGAGGAGGAGGAUCAAGUGUAAGAACAAAUAGUAGACCUGGCCAAUCACGUUUUACGCAACCACCACAACAACAACGUAAAGGUGAAGCAAUCAUUGAUGAAGAAUGGCUAGAGAGAGCAGAAUCACAAAGUUUAUCAGAAGCUUUUCGAUUUGCAUCGGAAGAUAUGCGAGCAUUUACGAAUUGAAAAUCUGAUUGAAUCUGUUGUAUACCCCAACAUUGUAAUACUCUAUAUACAAAAAUAUAAGUU